UAUAUGUACUCACCUCUCCUCUAAUGCAGCUGCUAUUGAAGACAUGGUUGGUACAAGAUUAGGUGUUAUUUGUGAAACUUUAUCCUUGUCUGUUUUUGGCUUCGUACUUGGCCUUUUUUUCAACUGGCAAUUAACAAUAAUUAUAGGUAUUCCUUUCGUUCUCCUGUUGAUCAUCAGUAUUAUCCAAAUACGGUUGAGUUCAUGGUUAAAAACACAAUCGGAUCUCAUUUACUCUCAAGCUAGCACGGUAAAAUCAUCUUGUUAUCCCUAAUCUUUUAAUGUAUAAUAGAAUUAUGUUAUUAUAUAUAUUAUUUGAUGAAAUGAUUAUUAAAUGUUCAUUUUAUGUUUUGUCUUUUUUAGCUUGCUGUUGAAGUUAUUACCAAUAUGCGUACAGUAAAACAGUUAUCAAUGGAACAUGAAGUUUCACGACAAUAUACGAAUAUGGUUGAUCAAGUAUUAAUAAUGUUUUGGAAACCUGAGGCAAUGUUUUCAAUAGUACUUGGAUUGUACUGGGCGAUGGACUCAGCAACUUUGGGACUUUUGUAUUGGCGUGCUUUGGUUCUUGUUGAAAAAAACGAAAUGGACAUGAGCGAUGUUGUUAUGAUAUCUGCUUUUGGAAUGUUUGCAUUAGAAGCACUAAAAAUGGUUGGAAUGUUAGCCGAACGUAUUGGUAAAUCAUUUGCUGCUGCUCACGCAUUUUUUGAUUUAUUUGAUCGAACACCAACUAUUGAUAAUGGAUCGAAUAAAGGACAAGAAUUGACUAAUUUUAGUGGAGAAACAGACUUUAAUCAAGUUAAAUUUGUUUAUCCAAGUCGUCCAGCAGUUCUUGUUCUUAAUAAACUUCAAUUAUCUAUUAAAUCAGGUCAACGUAUAGCUCUAGUUGGUGCAUCCGGAUGUGGAAAAUCAACAAUCGUUCAGUUAUUAGAACGAUUUUAUGAUGUUACACAUGGAGAAUUGCUUCUUGAUGGUGUUGAUAUUCGAAAAUUAAAUCUCCAAUGGCUUCGUUCUCGUUUGGGUGUUGUUAGUCAAGAACCAGUUUU